AUGACAAUCAUAUGGCUUAGCCACGCAACACCAGAGACUCUAAAAGGACUGAAUCUGAGUCGACGCCUUGCGACUUUAGAUAAUGGCGAAGAAGCGAGGGCAUGGGACACAGAACUAUGGCCAUUCUACAGGCUACGAUGGUUUAAUCGACUAUGGGUUAUCCAAGAGGUCGUCUUUAUGCUGGGUCAGAAUACUAUCGACUGGGAAUUGAUAUCAAAAACAUGCAAUAUGACAAAGCCCUUUCAGUUACGUUGGUACGGGAUGGCCAGCGUGGUCAAAAUAUCGAAUAUUCGACAACAGAUACAGAAUUGUGCUCGUCUUGAUCUCUUAUCAACUAUAGCUGAAUGUCGACCCUUCGGAUAUACUAACCAUAUUGACCGGAUAUUUGCCACACAAGCACUCUGGACUCAUGGAACUCCCGCCGAAGACUUUGGCCGAGAAGAGCACGCUAACGCACGGUAUGUCCUGGCUGCGAUCCCGGCGAUGCUCAUUGAAUAUGAAGUUAGCAACAACUGGCCAUCGACACUUGACAGCAUUGCAUUUGCAGGCACGCCCAAUUCCAUUCCAGAUUGGCCAUCAUGGGCACCAGAUUGGACAUGGGAGUGUGCCUGUAACAGGCCAUUUUGGCCGUAUUUCAGCGUACACAAUAGCAAGUUCAGAGCAGCAGGGACUUGGCCAAUGGGAGAUGUCGCGAUACGAAAGAACUGCUAUAGAUGGGAGCUGCCUUGCUUGGACGGCAAAGCUUUUGACAAAGUACACGUUAUAUGUGAACAGCGUCCCUCAAAUCAGCUUGGUGAUCAGAUGGCACGAAAACUAUAG